AUGCGCGCCACAUCGUUGCCUUUGUAUCUGCUCUUUCUCGUCGCUCGGGCGGCGCUGACUCUCGCCGGGCCUCAUGCUGUCCUACAACGCGCCCACCACUUUGCUGCCAGUCGCAGCAGGGGUCUUGUAAGCGAUCUUCGUCUUGCAUUCAGCGUCGUGCCACCGAGGAGACGCCAGAAGAGUGGACUGGUAAAACGGAAUGGCCAGUGUGUUGUCGCAUUAGGGAUUACAGAUUCGAAGCAUUCUAGUAACGAUGAAGGAGCGAGCGGGGAUAAUUCUGAAAGCAGUACGCAGUCAAACUCGAGUUCGGCCUCGUCCUCGUCCUCGUCCUCUGGUGCCUCAGGGAGCUCUUCUUCGACAUCGACAAGGGCUGCGGCUACUUCGAGUUCCCGAGCUGCAGCUACUACUACUUCUCAACGCCAGCCUACGUCUACAUCCACUACUGCUUCUCAGCCUUCGCCCACUCCAGCGUCGCCAUGGAGGCUGGUUGAGUCCCAUGAGGGCUUGGAUUUCUUCGAAGGAUGGGAGUUCUUCACGUUUCCGGAUAGUACGAAUGGUAUCGUUGAUUAUCUCAAUGAGCAGGAUGGGCGAAACGCCAAUCUCGUAUCCGUGAAUGACAACAAUAACGCUGUUAUGCGCAUUGAGACGACGCCUACUGUCGCGGCUAAUCGGAAGAGCAUACGAAUCACUACACAAAGCACUUGGAAUGGGGGGCUGUUCAUCAUGGACGCCGUGCAUAUGCCGACUGGGUGUGGGACAUGGCCGUUAAUGAGAGGCAGUGCUUUCUGGAGUAACGGACCCAGCUGGCCAACAGGAGGCGAAAUCGACAUCGCAGAAAGCGUGCACAACUACACGAACAACCAAGCCACCCUCCACACCUCACCGGGAUGUCGCCUCCCCUCGAGCAAUCCUUCGGAUUUGGGCAUCUCAGGAUCGCUGCUCGCGACGCAGGACUGUGCGGUUGCGACCACCAACAACGAGGGCUGUGGAAUCCGCUCGCCGGACAGCAAUUCCGUCGGUGUGGGGUUUAAUGCCAAUGGGGGAGGUGUUUAUGCCAUGCUUUGGAACGGCGACGGCAUUUCUGUGUUUUUCUUCCCCAGGGGGUCUAUCCCGUCCGAUAUUUUUGCGAGCGCGCCUCGACCGACCUCGUGGGGACUCCCGCAGGCAAGGUUCCCCGCGUCCGGGUGCAACCCCUCGCAGUUCUUCACGAACCAUCACCUAAUAUUCUCCUCUACGCUCUGUGGCGAUUGGGCCGGUGGUGUCUGGAACAUUGCUGGUGUUCCUGGACAAGAACAGAGCUGUGCGCAACGUACGGGGUUUUCCACGUGCGAGGACUUCGUACGAGCUAGUGGGGCGUCCUUUAACGAGGCCUACUGGGAAGUACGAAGCGUCAAGAUCUACCAGCUGCAGAGUUGA